AUGACCACUCCAUCAAUUGGACCAUUAUCUUUACGUGAUCGUCAUAUUGCUACUCUAAAACAAAUGCUUAAUUUAAAUACUGUCCCUUCAACACUAUUAAAACCAACUGGUGUAGAUUUAGCUUGGAAAGUUCUUAUUUAUGAUGAAUUAGGUCAAGAUAUUAUUUCACCUUUACUUACUGUUAAAGAACUUCGUGAUCUUGGUGUUACAUUACAUAUAUCUUUAAAAUCAGAUCGUGACCCUGUUGAUGAAAUUGCUGCAGUAUAUUUUAUUAUGCCAACAAAAGAUAAUAUAUCUCGAAUAGGAAAAGAUUUAGUAGAAGGUUUAUAUGAAUCAUAUUAUUUAAAUUUUAUUGCUCCAAUACCACGUGAUCUUCUCGAAGAUUUAGCAACAGCUGCACUUGAAUCAAAUUCACAACAAAAUAUAGCUAAAAUCUAUGAUCAAUAUCUUGAUUUUAUUACACUUGAAGAUGAACUUUUUUGUUUGAGACAAGCAGGAAGAGAUAGUAUAUCAUAUUAUGCUCUGAAUCGACCACAAAUGCUUGAUGUUGAAAUGGAACAAAUUAUUGGAACUAUAGUUGAUAGUCUCUUUUCAGUGUGUGUUACACUUGGUUCAGUGCCAAUUAUACGAUGUCCAAAGGGCGAAGCAGCAGAGAUUGUUGGCGAAAAACUUGAUAAAAAAUUACGUGAAAAUCUACGUGAUCCUCGUAAUAGUCUAUUUACAUCGGAUUCCAUGGCUACUGGGGCUUUAAGUUUCCAACGACCUCUUCUUGUUAUAUUAGAUCGAAGUACUGAUUUAGCAUCACUUCUUCAUCAUACAUGGACUUAUCAAGCAUUAGCACAUGAUGUUCUAGAUUUUAAAUUAAAUCGAGUUGAAAUUGAAGAAGUUGAUGAAGCAGUUACAACAAGUGAUGGACGACGUCCAUCGAAACGACAUACAUAUGAUCUGAUUCCGACUGAUAAAUUUUGGAAACAACAAAAAGGAAAUCCUUUUCCAAUUGUUGCUGAAUCAAUUCAAGAAGAACUUGAACGUUAUCGACAAUCAGAAGAUGAAGUUAAACGCCUUAAAACUGCAAUGGGUAUUAAAGGUGAUGCUGAAGAUUUAGCUAUAAGCUUGUUAAAUGAUACAACAAGUCAAUUAACAAGUGCAGUUAAUACAUUACCAGAAUUAUUAGAAAAAAAACGAUUACUUGAUUUACAUACAAAUAUUGCUACAGCACUUCUUGAUCAUAUCAAAAAACGAAAAUUAGAUGUUUUCUUUGAAACAGAAGAAAAAUUAAUAACCAAGCAAGUUCAAGAAAAAUCACUUAUGGAAGUUCUAUCGGAUCCAGCAGCUGGUUCACCUGAAGAUAAACUUCGUCUAUUUUUAAUUCAUUAUUUAUGUACACCGACAAUGACACAAACUGAACUUGAUCAAUAUUUAACAAUAUUAAGAGGAUCAAAUUGUACACAUUUGGAUGCAAUAACAUAUAUUAAACGUUGGAAGUCAAUUAGUAAAAUGAGUGUUGUUUCACAAGCACGAGAAGGUGGAACAACAACAAUGGGAAUGUUCUCAAAUCUGGUAAACAAAGCAUCAAAAUUUGCUAUGGAAGGAGUUAAAAAUCUCGUUGUAAAGCAAUAUAAAUUACCAGUAACAAAAAUCGUCGAUAAUUUAAUGGAAUGUCGUUCAUCACCUGAAACUGAUGAUUAUCGAUAUUUUGAUCCUAAACUUCUUCGAUCAGCAGAUAGUAAUCGUUCAACAGAGAAUACUAUGAAUGUUGCUCGUAAUCGACAAGGAUUUAAUGAUGCUAUUGUUUUUAUGAUUGGUGGUGGUAAUUAUAUUGAAUAUCAAAAUUUACAAGAUUAUGCUAAAACUCGAUCAACAAUAGCAACGAAACAUGUUGUUUAUGGAUGUACAGAACUUGUGAAUGCUUCACAAUUUCUUGAACACCUCGCCAAAUUGGGUCAAUAA